AUGUCACUUGUUUCAACAAAGCAAUCGGGUGUAGGGAAUUCUGGGCGACUGUCAAGUACAGCUAGACACGGGAAGCGAAUGUCCAUGAUCCCUACACUCUCUCUUUCAAAGACCGAACAAACUAAAGACCCAAAGAAGUUUGCUCGUCUUUCAUUUUCCGAGGAGUUUCAAGAAAAGAUGCACGACCAGAAGUCCAUCGAAAUUGAAAUUGAUUUAUACACUGGUGUGAGUAUUCCUUACAAAACUACUAUAGGCGAGACUAUACUCUCUAUCAUUAAAUAUUGUGAGGCGACGUAUGACCUCCAAAAGAAUUCUAUCGUCAUGGUUUAUAAAGAAAAUUUUCUGUUGCCUUGCCUCUCACUUUCUGACGUUCCGGACUUGAUAUCUGAUAAGCAUCCCGUCAUCCAAGCUCUAAAAGACUCGCACCUGUAA